AUCACAGUAUUUCGCAUGGGAUCAGAAGGACAUCAGGAUAUUGAUUUAGCCAUCCUGACAGCAUUACUAAAAGGAGCUAACGCAUCUGCUCCUGACCAGCUGAGCCUAGCAUUAGCCUGGAACAGAGUAGACAUCGCCCGGAGUCAGAUCUUUAUUUAUGGGCAACAGUGGCCGGUGGGUUCACUUGAGCAAGCAAUGCUGGAUGCACUGGUGUUGGACAGAGUGGAUUUUGUGAAAUUACUCAUAGAAAAUGGAGUAAGCAUGCAUCGUUUUCUCACCAUCUCCCGGCUAGAGGAAUUGUACAAUACGAGACAUGGACCAUCUAACACUCUGUAUCAUCUAGUAAGGGAUGUCAAAAAGCGAGAAUAUCCAGGUUUCGGUUGGAUCUAUUUUAAGGGAAAUUUACCUCCUGAUUAUCGGAUAAGUCUGAUCGAUAUUGGUUUGGUGAUAGAGUACCUGAUGGGAGGAGCAUAUCGCUGCAAUUACACGCGAAAACGGUUCAGAACACUGUACCACAAUUUAUUUGGGCCCAAGAGGCCAAAAGCCCUGAAACUGUUGGGAAUGGAGGAUGAUGUCCCUUUACGGCGAGGGAGGAAAACAACAAAGAAAAGAGAAGAGGAAGUUGAUAUUGACUUGGAUGACCCUGAGAUCAAUCAUUUCCCCUUCCCAUUCCAUGAGCUGAUGGUGUGGGCUGUGCUGAUGAAGCGUCAGAAGAUGGCCCUCUUCUUUUGGCAGCAUGGGGAAGAGGCUAUGGCUAAAGCACUGGUGGCCUGUAAACUCUGCAAAGCUAUGGCCCACGAAGCAUCAGAAAAUGACAUGGUCGAUGAUAUAUCCCAAGAGCUGAACCAUAAUUCCAGGGACUUCGGCCAGUUGGCGGUCGAGCUGUUGGACCAGUCGUACAAGCAAGACGAGCAACUGGCAAUGAAACUGCUGACCUACGAGCUGAAGAACUGGAGCAAUGCCACAUGCCUGCAGCUCGCAGUGGCAGCCAAGCACAGGGACUUCAUUGCUCACACUUGCAGCCAAAUGCUGCUCACAGACAUGUGGAUGGGUCGUCUCCGGAUGCGCAAAAAUUCUGGCCUAAAGGUAAUUCUAGGAAUUCUACUUCCUCCUUCAAUCCUCAGCUUGGAGUUCAAGAACAAAGAUGAUAUGCCCUACAUGUCCCAGGCCAAUGAGAUACAUCUUCAAGAGAAGGAGCCAGAGGAACCAGAGAAGCCAGUGAAAGAAAAAGAGGAGGAGGACAUGGAACUCACUGCAAUGCUGGGACGAGGGAAUGGAGAGUCCUCAAGAAAGAAAGAGGAAGAGGAAGUUCAGAGCAGACACAGACUCAUCCCUGUUGGAAGAAAAAUUUAUGAGUUCUACAAUGCUCCCAUCGUUAAAUUUUGGUUUUACACACUGGCAUAUAUAGGCUACUUGAUGCUGUUCAAUUAUAUAGUGUUAGUGAAGAUGGAUCGCUGGCCAUCUACACAGGAAUGGAUUGUCAUCUCAUACAUUUUCACUCUGGGAAUAGAGAAGAUGAGAGAGAUAUUGAUGUCAGAGCCUGGGAAACUGUUACAGAAAGUAAAAGUUUGGCUCCAGGAGUACUGGAACGUUACUGAUCUCAUAGCUAUCCUCCUGUUCUCUGUUGGGAUGGUUCUCCGUCUGCAAGAUCUGCCGCUCCGGAGUGAUGGCCGAGUGAUAUACUGUGUUAACAUCAUUUACUGGUACAUAAGGCUAUUAGACAUCUUUGGAGUAAACAAGUAUUUGGGACCAUAUGUUAUGAUGAUUGGGAAAAUGAUGAUAGACAUGAUGUACUUUGUCAUCAUCAUGCUGGUGGUUCUGAUGAGCUUUGGUGUCGCAAGACAGGCUAUUCUCUUCCCCAACGAGGAGCCUUCAUGGAAGCUGGCGAAAAACAUUUUUUACAUGCCUUAUUGGAUGAUCUAUGGGGAAGUGUUUGCAGACCAGAUAGACCGUAAGCAAGUUUAUGAUUCUCGUACUCCAAAGUCAGCUCCUUGUGGUCAAAAUGAAACCAGAGAAGACGGCAAAAUAAUCCAGCUACCUCCCUGCAAGACAGGAGCAUGGAUUGUUCCUGCCAUCAUGGCCUGUUACCUCUUGGUUGCAAACAUCCUUUUGGUGAACCUCCUCAUUGCUGUUUUCAACAAUACAUUUUUUGAAGUCAAAUCCAUAUCCAACCAAGUAUGGAAGUUCCAAAGAUAUCAGCUAAUCAUGACAUUUCACGAAAGACCUGUUCUCCCACCACCUCUGAUCAUUUUCAGCCAUAUGACUAUGAUAUUCCAACAUCUCUGCUGCAGAUGGCGGAAGCACGAAAGUGACCCAGAUGAGAGAGACUACGGAUUGAAACUUUUCAUAACUGAGGAUGAACUGAAAAAAGUCCAUGAUUUUGAAGAGCAGUGCAUAGAAGAAUAUUUUAGAGAAAAGGAUGACAGAUUCAAUUCCUCCAAUGAUGAAAGAAUACGUGUCACUUCAGAAAGGGUAGAGAACAUGGCCAUGCGACUGGAAGAAGUAAAUGAGCGAGAGCACUGCAUGAAGGCCUCUCUCCAGACUGUUGACAUCAGGCUUGCUCAGCUGGAAGAUAUGAUGGGACGAAUGGUGACUGCCUUAGAAAAACUAACCGGCAUAGAGAGAGGUGAGACGACCAAGAUACGAUCCAGGACCUCAUCCGACUGUACUGAUGCAGCCUACAUUGUGAGGCAGAGUAGCUUCAAUAGUCAAGAAGGAAAUACUUACAAACUUCAAGAGAGCAUAGAUCCCACAGGAGAGGAGUCCAUGUCCCCAACAUCUCCUACGAUCACACCCCGCAUGCGAAGCCACUCUUUCUAUGCAACAAAUAUGAAGGAUAAGUGCGGGCUGGAAAAGUUUGAAAGCAUUUUUAAGGAAAGAUCUCCAAGCCUGCAUCGGGCUAUCAGUUCACACUCGAUAGCAAAAGAAGGAAAGGUUCCCUUAGCUCCUACCAGCACUUUGUCAAUUGCCCCAGACUCCAGAAGGCCUUCGUCUUGUAUAGACAUCUACGUUUCUGCCAUGGAUGAGAUGCAUUCUGACACAGAGCCUCUUGACAGCUCCAUAAAUAUUCUUGGUACAGGAGAUGCAGCUCUGCAGGCUCAUUUAGCCUCUUCCAUUUUAGCUAACAGUGCAUACAUUAGCAGCACACCUGGUGAAAAAAUUUCUGGCAGGAGUCUUGAUUAUGAGGAAACCUCUGGAAUAGAAACAAGAGCAUUUUCUUCAGACUAUUCGCAAAUCACAGAUUGCCAAAUCCCCUGGGAUUCAGACCCUCCCUUGUAUCACACUUUAGAGCGAUCUAAAAGCAGUCGCUAUCUGGCUACAACUCCAUUUAUUUUGGAGGAAACGCCAAUUGUGAAAUCUCACAGUUUUAUGUCUUCUCCAUCUCGAAGCUAUUUCAGUAGCCUUGGCAUCCCAGUCAAAACAGCAGAGUACACAAGUAUUACAGACUGCAUAGAUACGAGAUGUGUGAGCGCUCCUCAGGCCAUCGCAGAGAGGGCCAGUUUCCCUGGGAGUCUCGGGGGCAAAGUGGAGGACUUGGGAUGCUGCCACCCAGAGAGAGAAGCUGAACUAAGCCACCCAAGCUCUGAUCAUGAGGAUAUUGAGGCCAAAGACAAGAAGGGCAUCCCCUUAUCUCCUCAAGACGGCAAUGCUACAAGAACUCUGCCCAAUAGCAUCCCACUUCCAAAAAUAGAGCGGGCCAACAGCUACUCUGCAGAGGAGUCCAACAUGCUGUAUGCACAGCACACGCGGAAGAGCUACUCUAUCAGCGACAAACUUGACAGACAACGAAACUCGACAGGCCCGCGAAACCCCUUCCAGAGGAGUAAGUCCUCGAGGCCAGAGAGCAGAGGGGACAACCUGUCCAUGAGGAGACUGUCAAGAAUGGGAGCCUUCCACAGCUUUGAAAGCAAGCACAGCUAG